GUGCCACUGAGUUCAUCUUCAAGUUAACCAAGUAUACUCAGUCUUACUGAGGACAAACAUUCUCGACAAGACAACAUCGUCGCACUCUGCUUGAAAGUUCGAACCAUCGUACCUCUGAAUUUUUGUCUCUAUACUGCCAUGCCCAAGGUUUCCAGAAAAAAGGCUGGAGCCGACGUAGCGAAGCCAAUCCCCAAACUCCUUGUUCUCAAACAUGGUCAAAAACGUGUAAUGGUUAACCGACACAAGUCGUAUAAUGUCAUGCUAGACAAUGCAUGUAGACAUUUCCCAACCAUUCCAAGAAACGCUAUGACAUUCCAGACCAACCAACUCGAUAUCUGCGAAGGUCAACUUGUGGACAUCACGGCUGAAACAUGGGACAAAGUAAUUGAAUCGCUUACAUUCGUUGAAGUGACUCGCGCAGAAUCACCGUUGCCCAUCCCACUUCCGCCCAGUGGCAGUACUAGUAGUAACGCUGGGGCUAUUUCAUUGCGCAGCAACAAUAACAAAGUCAGGGUCUAUUUGGUUUUGGCAUCUGAUGAUAUUCUUUCUGCCACGAUAGAGUUGUCCGCACGAGUGCAGGAACUUGUUGAUGUUGUUGCUCGCAAGUUGGGAGGUUCUACUGAUUUCAAGACAAUGUGGCGUGGGUCGAGAUUGAAUCACAACAGGAGUAUCGGGUCAUACAAUAUCUCGAAUGGAGACUCUAUCUCUUUUAUAAUGGAACAGGUCGGUGGAAAGCCAGUGAUCUAUCUAUACUCGCCCUCCGAUAUCGAUGUCUCGGUCAAACUAUCCCUCAGUCCUGAGUGGAGCUUCUCCGCUAUCUACCCUGUUGUUACCCUGAAGCAAGGACACGGACAGCAUGUCGAAUGGAAUGUCCGCACCCACCAAGACGGGAGUUUGACUGAAAGGAACUCUGGUUUAGACGUAUCGUACUUAUUCUGGGAGGCAAAGACAAAUUCGGAUGCAUUUCCGCGUUCGCCAGCAUCUGAACUGCAAUCAGUGGAUGUAUUCAGUCCUACAUCCAGCACUCUCGGCGACACGGACUCCAUUGUUAUCUCAGUGGACAAAGCAACUGUUUAUCUCGAUAAGUCGCUCAAGGCUCUGGGACUUCACACUGAAGCCAGAACAUCCUUUAUCACCUACUGGCUACCGUCUAUCCUCAAGCAUGAACACAUCGCCCUCCGAUUUGUCCCUCAACUGGCAUAUGAACGUGCCGCUCCUUUAAGCCUUUCUCCGCAACCUGACAUCGUGACUCGGGUAUUCAUGCUAUUCAGAGGUAUCCGUAAGGAACACUUAGCGGAUUGGCCUAACGCGCGAAUGCAAGCAGGGAAAGACGUUGCUUGGUGGGCGGAUGUAGUUGGAGUUGAUCUUGUAAGAGCCAGUGAUACAGCGUUGUUCAAGGUGUUGGAAUGGGGCGGGAUGGAGGUUCAUGUUUGAUUAUCUACCAAACCACCCAAUAUGUUACGAGUCAAACUCGACUAUCUUCCAGUCAUCG